AUGAUGUACCUAUCAGCUGCUGCCUACAGUGAUCAGCCCCACAUUUGUGUUUGGAAUAAGUUUCGAAAUGCCGAGGUAAGUACUGUAAUAUCAAAGGUUUAUAUUGUUAUAGUAAAAUUUUGUUUGUUUCAUAAUCUAAUUCAUUUUUUAAAGCCACGAGAAUGUUCUAUGUUAUCAAUUAAUGAAAUGCAUUAACAUCAUAUUAAUCAGCGGAAGUAUACUAAUUAUAUUAUUAUAAGUCAUUUGACAAUGAAAAUGCUUUACAAACAAUUGGUCAUAUUAAAUCAAUGUUUUUAGGUAAUAAACCGGUUUGAAGUAGCUUGUGACCCGUCAGGCAACUCUACAUGUUCUGGUUACAUUGCCGUACUACACAACGACCAUGCUGUCGUCGUAUCUUUCCGAGGUACAGUAAAUGACAAGCAGUUCUUCGACGAGAUCGUAUCAGCCGUGAUGACAAAAGAAAGCUUCUAUGGGUACGGUAGAGUGAACAAGUACUUCCACGACGCCUACUUUACUUUGUGGUUGAGUGGAAUGAAGCAGCUGUUGUACGAAGUGGUCGAUUACUAUCCUCAAUAUACUUUGUGGGUUACUGGACAUUCUCUGGGAGGGGCGUUGGCUACGCUGGCUUCUGCUGAUUUGGUAGGGACUGGAAGGUUCAAUGCCUACAACAGUUUACAUUACAAUUUUGGCAGUCCGAGAGUUGGUGAUGAACAUUUCGCAAAGAUAUUUGAAAAACUGGUAGGUAGUGCAACAUUGAGCAUAUAUUACAUGUCUUUUAUAGACUUUUUUUAUUUUAAAAUCUUGAAGAUGUAGAAAUUUUUAUUAGGCUAACUUACUUUUCUAAACUAAUGUUAUAGUUGCCAGACUAUUACCGAGUAGUCCACGCACAAGAUACCAUCACUACUGUAUACCCAACACUACUUGGCUAUUCUCACCAUCAUACCCAGAUCUGGUACAACAAUAAUAUGACAUACGGCGACAGAUAUAUUGAGUGUUUUGGGGAGAAUGACAUGCGAUGUCCAGUACGAGCCUCGUUGGAUAUGUUUGACCAUAGACAUUACUUUAAUGUAAGAGUACCGGUUUAUGGUCAUAAUGGCUGUGUUGGUACGGGUGACGAGAAUGAUGACAAAGUUGAUGGACAACUGUUUUAG